UUUUUUCGGAAAUACACUGAUAAACAAAACAAACACUCCCGGCGUUUCCGGCACCUGACAUUUCUCAAUCAAGAAUCAAAAUUACCAGAAAAAUCUUGGCGUAUUUUGUACCGAAACUUCGUCAGCCCACAAUGACUUUGGUUCACCACAAAUCUGGUUCUGUUGAACCUCCUCUAAUUGAAGAGAAGCUAAGGCUUUACAGUAUGAGGUACUGCCCGUACGCUCAGAGAGUUCACCUUGUCCUCAAUGCCAAAAAAGUUCCGUAUGAUGUGGUUUACAUCAAUCUUGUCCAAAAACCAGAGUGGUUUUUAGAGAAGUUUCCUGCUGGCACUGUUCCUGCAAUGAAUGUCAAAGGUGCCAAUCUUUAUGAAAGUCUCAUUCUGGCCGAUUUUCUGGACGAAUACUUUCCAGAGCCCCGCCUACACUCAUCUGACCCCCUUCAAAAAGCAAAAGAUCGUUUGCUUGUGGAGAGUUUUGGCAAAAUUGGUCCUCAUCUUUAUAAACUGUUGAUGGGCCCUGAUUUCACCGAAGAUGCUUUUCAAGGAGUACUCACUAUGUUAGCUAAAAUGGAAAAUGAGUUGAAGAAUAGAGGAUCCAAUUUUUUCUCAGGUGAAAAACCAGGUAUGCCUGAUUACAUGAUAUGGCCGUCGUUUGAACGUAUUGAUGUCAUAGCUGUGCGUUAUGGUGAGAAAGGAAAACUUCCAGUUCAGACUUUACCGCUGUUGACAAAAUGGAUUUCUGCAAUGAAGGAUGACUACAGUGUAAAACCAUUCUACUUGGAACCAGAAAAACAUGCACUUCAUCUUGAAAAAAGACGUGCUGGCGCUGCAGACGCAUUUGAUAUUCUUUAAUCAAGCUUCAAAAGGUUCAAAAGUUGAUAUAGAAGUGUAUUUAAUUAAAAUCUCCGGCACAUGAGUACCUUAUCCAGUACAUACACAAUUUCAAACUUCUAUAGUAUAUCUACUUGUCUCAAUUUUGAAUCUUCAAUUAGUAAAUAAAAUAAUGUCAGUAGUUGCUGAUGCAUAAAUGCUCUAGUUCA